AUGGUGGCAGCGACAUGGAAUCAUUCAAACACACCCCUGUUCAGCUCAAAGACACAGCAUGUGGUAAAAGACUUUGUCCAGUCUCGAGGCGCCCAACAGAGUGGUGCUGAUAGUCCAGAACUUUCGUACACCUCGACCUUGACAAGCGACAUUGACCAAGCGACACUUUUGAUCGCCGCAGACGGUAACAUCAACGCUGACAAAGUCACCAAUCCCCCGCGAUUACAUAAAGAUGACAGGCGUCUCCCUCCGCUUUCUCCUCAUCGAUUCUUGGUCCCACGCUUGAUUCGCCUUCCAAAUCACAUGGAAAUUCCCAAACGCAACUGGCUAGUCGGAGGGCCAGUCGAAUACAAUGAUGGGAUUUCCGAGAUGACCUCGUUGGCCAGUGUCUCAUCCAGUUUUGAUAGCUUGGACGAUUUGUUUCCCAAUGGAGCAUUUCUAGAUGCGCCGCUUCAUCUAGUGGAUGAGUCGGAGUACCCUGCUUCGGUAGACAAGUCUGGACCCCGGUCAAGGUCUAAAAGCGAACACACCGCUAGCAGCAUAGGUUGGGACUCAAUGGAAGCACGCCUGCACUUUGGCAGCUCCUCGUCGCAAGUCCGUUCCGGAUAG